GAUCCCGGAAGCGGCGGGGGUUGUCCAUGGAGGCGGUGGGCGAGGGGGCGCUGCGGGAUCCUGCGGGGCGGCUGCCCGACGGCUUCUGGGCGGCGGCGGCCGUGUGGCUGGAGCGGCCGCAGGUGGCCAACAAGCGGCUGAGCGGCGCCUGCGCGGAGCCCCCCCUGCGCGUCCCCCGAGCGGGCGGCGGGGCGGCGGGCGCGGCGGAGCGGGCCUGGGGGGCCUUCUGCGCAGGCGCGGAGGGCCAGGCGCUGGGCCUGCGGGGGCCGGUGGAGCUGGUGCUGCGCCGCCUGCUGCCCCGCCGCCCGCCGCCGCCGCCGCCCCCCGCCCCGGAGCUGGUGGCGCGAGAUGUCCUUAAUGGGAGGAUGACCUUUCUGCCUUUGGAAGAGACCUGCCAAGGCCAAUACAAGGUGAAGGUCGGCAACAUUUAUCAAAUUCGGCUCCGGCACAUGCAGGACGAUGAAUGGACUGUGUCAGUGCUCCUGAAUCCAGAAAAAUAUGUUCCUGAUGGAAUUGUAUAUCCCAAAGCAGAGUGGCUAGGGAACCAAUUGAUUUCUAAGCUGGUUAAAUGGUCCACAGAGAUCACGAAAAAUGAGUUUAAGAGAACGCUUUCUCUGAUUUCGGUAGCUAGAUACAGCCAGGUUUAUCAAGAGUUAAAGGAAAAGUACAAAGAGAUGGUCAAAGUUUGGCCUGAGGUAACGGAUCCUGAAAAGUUUGUCUAUGAGGAUGUUGCUAUAGCGACUUAUCUGCUGGUCCUGUGGGAGGACGAGAGAGCUCGGAGGGGCCUGUCCGAGAAGCAGUCCUUUCUGGACCUGGGCUGUGGGAAUGGGCUCCUGGUCCACAUUUUAGGCAACGAGGGGCACCCGGGGAAAGGAAUCGACGUCAGGAGGAGGAAAAUCUGGGACAUGUACGGCCCCCAGACCUGCUUGGAGGAAAGGGCCAUCAAUCCAGACCACCUGUACCCAGAGGCCGACUGGUUAAUCGGGAACCAUUCGGACGAGCUGACGCCCUGGAUCCCCGUAAUAGCAGCCAGGUCUUCCUCCUCCUGUCGCUAUUUCCUGCUCCCUUGCUGCUUCUUCGACUUCUACGGAAAAUACAACCGGAGGCAGAGCCAGAAGAGCCAGUACAGAGAAUACCUGGAUUUUGUUGCAGAGGUUGGGACGGUGUGCGGCUUCCAGGUGGAGGAAGACUGCCUCAGAAUCCCUUCCACCAAAAGGGUCUGUUUGAUUGGGGUGUCCAGGACAGGGGCGGACGGUCCGGCGCUGGAGGACGAGAGGAGGGAGUUCAUCAGGAAGCGGCGGCCCGGCGGCCCCGUCACUCUGGCCCCGGGUGGGAGCCGCCCCCGGCCGCGUCAGGAGCAGAGCCUCUCGGCUGCCGGGCAGCGGCGGUGCGCAGAGGAGAGAGAGGGGCGGCCCUCCCGGCCCCCCGGGUUUCUGCCCCGGGGCAAAGAGCAAGUAAGGAACUGCACCACCCUCCCACACGCCUUGGUGGACCAGGUGGCUUUGAAGGUGGCCCACCUGUUGCUCAGCGAGACGGACGGGAGCCUCCUCCACGGACCCUCCAGCCCCUGGAACCGCGGAGGGAGCCUCCCCUUGAGUGACAUUGCCGGGCAUUUAGACAAGGCGACUCUGAAGACCCUGAAGAAGGAACACGGAGGCCUGCAGACCUUGCUCAGGAAUAACCACCAGGUGUUCCAAGUCCAGCAUGGGAAAGUUCGCCUCCGCGACUGGAGGGAAGGGGAGAGGCCCAGGAAGCAGCUCCGGGCCAGGCCGGCCAGAGCCCGGCUCCCUUCUGAAGCCACGAAAACCCGGCUCUGCUGGUUCGACCGGCAUCACCCUCAAGGUUGCCCUCUGCCCUCGGCCUCCUGCCCUUACGCCCAUGGCAGCGCUGAGCUGAACCAGAGACGAAUCGUGCCGGGGGAUAAAGAGCUGCUGGUUCAACUUUGCUGAAUAAAAAGCCUCCAUG